AUUCUGGCGGAUGACAUGGGCUUGGGGAAAACUAUUCAGAUCAUUGCUUUCCUCUCCGGCAUGUUCGAUGGCGAACACAUCCAGUCUGUGUUGCUUGUUAUGCCAACCACCCUCGUUAGCAAUUGGGUGAAAGAGUUUGCCAGCUGGACACCCGGCCUGCGAGUGAAGGUUUUUCAUGGGGCCAGCAAGGCGGAGCGUAACAGAAACCUCGAGCGAAUCCAAAAAAGAAACGGCGUCUUGAUCACUACCUAUCAGAUGACGCUCAACAACUGGCAGCAGCUCUCCGCCUUCGAUGGGAGGGAGUUUAUCUGGGACUAUGUGAUUCUGGACGAAGCUCAUAAAAUUAAAACUCCUUCCGCCAAAACCACAAAAUCCGUGCACGCCAUCCCUUCAAGAAAUCGCAUCCUCCUGACCGGGACGCCGGUGCAAAACAACCUGCAAGAACUGUGGGCUCUCUUUGACUUCGCUUGUCAAGGUUCGCUUCUGGGCACGAUGAAAACCUUCAAGAUGGAAUAUGAAAACCCGAUCACAAAAGCGAGGGAGAAGGAUGCCACUCCGGGAGAGAAGGCCUUGGGGCUAAAGAUGUCUGAAAACUUGAUGUCCAUCAUCAAGCCGUAUUUCCUGAGACGGAGUAAAGAUGACAUUCAGAAGAAACUCAAGUCUGGACCUGAAAGCAAUCUUCCGGAGGAUCAAAGCAAGGCCGCUGCUCCUGCAAUGCCCUCCCUUCCCAGAAAAAAUGAUUUCAUUGUGUGGGUGUAUGUAUCGCCCAUACAAGAAGAAAUAUAUAAGAAGUUCCUCUCCUUGGAUCAUAUCAAGGAGUUGUUGACGACCACACGGUCCCCGUUGGCUGAGCUGAACGUCCUGAAGAAGCUUUGUGAUCACCCCAGGCUGUUGUCCGCACGAGCUUGUUGUCAGCUUGGCCUGGCCACGUCCAAGUAUUCCGAGAAGGAGGAAGAUGGCGAAAAUGAAGCUGAUGAGCUGUGGGGCAAGAACAUGCACAUUGAACAUAUUUCUGACGAGAUCCUCAUUGAGGAGUCUGGCAAGGUGAGUUUCCUCAUAGCUUUGCUGGAUAGGCUGCAACAGGAGGGGCACAGGACCUUGGUGUUUUCCCAGUCAAGGAAAAUGCUGGAUAUUAUAGAGCGCAUCUUAACCCACAGGCACUUUAAGCUGAUGCGCAUUGAUGGGACAGUGACUCAUCUGUCAGAGCGAGAGAAGAGGAUCGACAUGUUCCAGAAUGACAAAGACUACGCUGUCUUUUUGCUUACGACCCAAGUAGGCGGAGUUGGCUUAACGUUAACUGCUGCUACCAGGGUGGUGAUUUUUGACCCCAGCUGGAACCCAGCUACUGACGCCCAAGCUGUGGACCGAGCGUACAGAAUCGGGCAGAAAGAGAACGUUGUGAUCUACCGGCUCAUAACCUGUGGGACAGUGGAAGAGAAGAUCUACCGGCGGCAAGUCUUCAAGGACUCGCUGAUAAGGCAAACCACCGGAGACAAGAAGAAUCCGUACAGAUAUUUCACUAAGCAGGAGCUGAGAGAGCUUUUCACUCUGGGAGACACUCGGAGUUCCACCACCCAGCUCCAGCUGCAGUCUUUGCACGGGGCCCAAAGGAAAACAGACGUGCGUCUUGAUGAGCACAUCGCAUACCUCUACUCGCUGGAGAUCUUUGGCCUUUCGGACCAUGACUUGAUGUACACACGGGAAACGGUUCAUGAAGAUGAGGCUGAGGAUGAAGAGGCCCAUCGGUACAUUGAACGCAGGGUACAGAAAGCCCAAGAACUGGUACAGCUAGAAUCCCAGCUGAAAGAUCAGACGGUGCCUAACAGCAGACAUGAAGCUGAAGGCGCAUGGCUGAGAACGGUGGAUUCGUCAUCCAGUGGGCCAAGGAAAAAAUCACCAAGGCCUUCCGCAGCUCCCUCAGCUCCCUCACCUGUACCUGCGCAACCCACAAACAACGCUGAAGUGAUCAGUGUGGUGCCUGAUGAAGAAGACGCCUUUGCCAAUGUCAGCUUUAAAAUGACGAGUCUGGCUAUUGAGGAGGUGGCUGAUGAAAGUAUGGUUCGAGACACUUCUCAGAUGGAUGUGUCUCUCUCCAAGACUGAAGAACUGAGGCACGCUAGCAUACAGGAAGGCCAGCCAAAGCCCAGUCUCAGCACUUCUGUAGCUUACUUUGUAUCCAAUGAGGAGGAUGGCAGUCCUGAAUCCAAAAUGACAUCCCACGAUCCGCUUGCCACCGCAAGUAACAGCUCUGAUGAAGAUGUCCGUAGGGCAGCAUUACAGGAAUCCGUAGAAUAUAUAUCAGAUAAUGAUGAUUGUGAGGCCCAAGCCGAGACUGAAAUGUCGCUUGAGGUCCUUGUGAAUCCGAGCAGAGAGGCAAGUAAAGCUGGUGAGCGAGAUGCCUCACUGGCAUUAAUGUUACAGGUCAGUAAAAUGUCGGAAUGUAGUGCAAAUCGGAACUCUGGAAGGAGUGAAAUUCCGGCAGAGGGUGCAUCUUUAGCUGGUUCUUCCCUGUACCAGGCCGAUUUCAACCUCGUUUUAGAAGAUUCCGAGAACCCACUACAAGAGACUUCAGAAAAAGGAAUGUUGCUUGAAGACACAGAAAACAUAGGAUUUCAGCUGAGACUAGACAGCCGUUGUAGCUCUGUGGCUCAUUCUGGGACGGGAGACGACGGCAGCAACAGGAGCCUUCAGGCUAGCAAAAAUAGGACGGCAGAGGAGUCCAACGAUGCUUUGAUGGACGACAGUGAUGUUCUUGUUGUGCAUACGAAGAAGCCAGUCCAGAGGAUCGUUUCAGAUAGUGAAGAGGACGAAGAGAGCCCUAUAAUUUAUCUGGGAGAAGGUGAACAUGGAAGAGCAUUUCCCUUGAACAACCCGAGUGGAAAUUGUAUGUCAACCCCAAAGAUGAGCAGACCUUUGCCCGAAUUUUGUUUUUCUCCACAAUUAAAGGUUAGUGAAAGAAGGUCAACAGCUUCUAGAAGGUCCUUGGCCAGCGUGGUCAUUGAUGAGGUAGAGGAUGUUGCGGAAGACAUUGCGGAUGCCUCUCCGGAAAGGCCCUUUCAGGGUGAUAUUGAGGAAGAACUCGCUCAGUACAGUGGCCAGGAGUCUGCAGAGCCCGAAGGGGAACCAUCAGGUGAAACGCUGUAUUCCGAGGGCAAAUCCAGCUACAUAGAUGAAGCAGACUCACCCCAGGAUAAUUCUGUUAUUUUUGAAGGAAUGGUGCCUUGAAAGGGGAAAUUCUUGGCCCCGAAAUAAUCAAAACAUUCACAAUUGUUAGGGGGGGGGGGCGGAAUAACAACAACUUUGCUGAACUGUAGAAUCAUGCAAGCAUUUUGAAUGGUUAUGUUACUCCUCUUUCCCGAGGGUGGGUGUGGAAUGUUUAUGGAAAUGAAGGCAUCGGAAAUGUUCCUCUAUCAGCUGUUCUUUUCCCAAAGAGGUAAAUUUAAUCUUUUUGUGAAACCAACACUUGAUUACCUUUUCUUAACACACACACGCUAAUUGAAUUUCAGGUCUUCGCAAUUGGCUGUGAUGAGGGUAACAGGAAGAUAGAUUUGCUUACUUUCAUUCACUUUAUACCUUGUAAAUGUUUAAGACUCAGUUUUCUUCUCUUAUACAUGUCUUGUAGUUUGAUUACUGUGAUUCCUUACAGCUGACUGCUAAAGGUUAAAAAUAUACUUGGCU